UCAUAUACCUAAAGAUCGAAAUCUACAUCAUGAGGUGAAAUGGGAAUUCCCUACCUCAAGAUUUUAGGGUUGACGGUCAAGAAAUCCAGUCCCAUGACAGUCAAUGUUAAACAAAUCGUUGAAAGGCAAAGUGUUCCGACAACCCUACCAAAGGGUCCAAACACUCAUCCCGACCACCAAUGUCAUCAAGUUAAGACGACCUCAUCUUCCUAGGCUCUCCUCAGUCCUAAUUUGCAUCUCAAUCACCAUUUUGAACAGAAAAAAAGCCAAAAGAACUCAUGAUACCACCAGCAGUCCGUCUUCGCUCCUCAACAACCAGCCUCGGUCCUCGGAAUCCAGAUCCCCUCUCUCGCAAGAGGCCCAGUGACAAUGCGAGCCGAACGGCGCCAUCAACCCUCUUGGGCGACUGGAAC